UUAAUGUAUUUUAUUUUUAAUUGUCUGUGACGCAAAUGCAAAAUGCCUGAUUUUUAAACUUUGUUCAAGUUUUUGUUAAAGUUUCAUUUGAUUACUGGAUAUUUUAAAAAGAGUAUGAUAUAAUUUGUGAACAAUCAUGGCAUUUCUUUGUCCUGUGAGAAUAAGAAGGGGAAAGAAGAAGAAAUCGAGCAGUGGAGAUUCAGACAAGGAGCUCUCUCGCCCAGGGUCAGGGUUAAGCCCUGGUAUGGGACGUAUUACAGGCUCGGCCAGCAUUGAAACAUUAGUCAGGGUUGGCAUUGAAAAGGAACAUGGGCUCAGUCCAGACUCCAAAAUGGUGGUGCUGCAUGACUUUGCACCUUGUGUUGAUGAUGAACUUGAGGUAAAAAGAGGACAAAUUGUAAAUGUAUUAUAUCGGGAGAAUGACUGGGUGUACGUCAUUGUGACAGACUCUAGGAGAGAAGGCUUCAUUCCUCACUCGUAUUGUGCCCCCUGCGACCAUCAUGAUUUGAAGAAAAAGCUGCCUAGAAGCAGGUCUCCUACCGACAUGGCUCAUAGAGAUGUGUCACAGCUAUCUCUAUCUGACGGAGCGACAAAUGACGGCCACUCUGAAAUGGGCAGUGAAGGAGAAGCGUGCCCAUUUAGCAAGGAUCCUUCUGGAAGAUAUGUAGUCCUGUACACAUUUACGGCAAGGGAUGAAAAUGAUGUGGAUGUCGAAAGGGGAGAGUUUGUAACAGUUUUGAACAGAGAAGAUCCAGAUUGGUAUUGGAUUGUGAGGAGCGAUGGUCAGGAGGGAUUUAUUCCUUCUGGAUUUGUUUAUCCUGCAGUGGCGCAAGCAACACAACCAGAGAACCCGCAGCAGAUUCACACGCCGCCGACAACAAACCCAAACAACACAUUGACCAACAACAAUAACACCAUGAACAAGAUACAACAAGACAACGAUGGGAGAUACCACGGGACUGAGCUGGUCAUGCUCUAUGAUUAUAAGGCGCAAGCGCCGGACGACCUGUCGGUGAAGCGCGGCGAGUGGGUGUACGCCGACCUGACGCAGCAGACGGUGGAGGGCUGGCUGUGGGCGCACGCGCCCAAGUCGCGCCGCUCCGGCUUCAUACCCACCGCCUACGCGCGCGCGCCGCACACCACGUCGCUCUGAUGACGCAUACAGUAACGUAAACCCCAAU